AUGGCUUCGCCCGCCGAAUGGCUUGUGCCAAUGUCUCGCGCGUUACUUGUGAUCUCAAUGGUACCACCGAUGGUUUUGUCUGCUCUCUUCAAUCUCUACUUCCGGCUUUUCUUCAUUUUCUCCGUGGUGGCUACGACUUACGUGCGCGAUCAACUUAUUGUGACGCCUCGAGCGCCAGCAGUGUGGGAAGACGGCUGGUCCGAUCAGGUGGUCCAGGCUGUAGCUAAGGUGAUUGUUGCACCAUUGCGGGCUCUGUACAUUGUUGACCGCUAUAUUUUUGCCAAAAAUCCCGAAGUGUAUUGGUAUUAUGGGGUACCUCUUUCUCGCAGGCAAGGGUUUUUCGAUUAUUUGGAGAUGGUCAAAGUGAGACGUCAGGUCUCACAACCAAUACGCUUCGUUGACCAUACUGAGUCCAAUGAGGCUGACGAAGGUGACAAUGCCAGUAUUGUACUGUCACUGAGCGAUGGUCGUCGAGCCCGAAUCUUCUCUGGAUUCACAUCGAAAUCUUAA